AUGGACAAAAACGAAAAAAAGCUAACAAGGUAAGGAAUAUUUUAUGGUAUUAAAAAAAGAAAUAAGUUACAUAUUUGUUUUGAUAACAAAAUUAUAAAUUUUAAAUAACUAUUUAGAUGUUUCAUAUUUAUUAUUUUUAUAAAAAUCAUAAAUACUUAUUAUUAGCAUUGAUUAGUAGGAUAAUAAUAAGAUGUAAUUAUCUACAUAAUAUUUUCAGAAAUUAUAUUUUUUUUUUAAAUAUGUAAUUUUUAAAUGCACAUAAUUGCACGAUUUUUUUAAUUCGAAAAUUUUUUGAAAUUUUAGAAUGCCACCUAUUCUUAUUUCCCGGCAAGAAUUAUAUUUAUUAAUUAAAAGAUUAUCAAAAAGUGACGAUGAUCGUCCAAACAUUAUUUUUCAAUGUAUAAAAUCAAAGAUCAAUAUGUGAAAAUACACUUUUUGAAACAGAAAAUGAUCUCAAAAUAAAAAUAAAUUUUUUCUUGUACGAAUUUGAUAAACUUUGGAAAAUAUGUCACAGAAUACGUGACCAUUUCGAGGUAAAAAACAACGAUUAGCUUCAAACAAUUUUUCAACUUUCGUAUAUUCCCUCAACAAAUACUUCUUCUGGUAGACUUCAAGUACAAUUUUUAGAAGCUAGUGAAAAGACUAAGCGUCGACGAACGGAGUCAUUAAGAAAAGCUAAUCCUGUUGAUGAACUUGUUUAUGCCGCACAAGUUGGUCUUAACGAUUACGGUAAAAACAACGAAAGUAAGCUCUUACACGCCGGUUACGGCGAUAAUAUUUUCGUAUCUUUCGGUACGUUCGUCACUGGAUAUUUUUCCGGCGUAAGCAAAAGCUUAUAUUGCCUGUGGGCCGUCAACGUACGGUUGUAUAGUCAGUAUAGUCCAUGA